UCCCUUCCCCGCCGCGGGGCCGGGCGGCCCGCGCUGGGCUCCUCGCAGGUGGGAGCAGCGCCCGGGCAGCCCCCGCCCGCCGGCGGGAAGCGCGGGCCGGGGCUGGGGGCGCGCGGAGCUGGUUGUGCAGCUGCUCCCCCUCCCUCCCUCCCUCCCUCCGCCCGGCCCGGCGCCCGCCGGGGCUGCCGCGGCCUGACGCGCGGUGCCGUUUGCUUCCCCUUUGCCGAGCUGCAGGGAUCGGGCGGCGGGCAGCGGCGGCGGGCAGGAGCUGCUGCCGCCUCGCUGAGGCCGCGGCGGCCCCGAGGAGCGGGCGAUGGAUGAGGAGGGCGAGGCUGAUCUCUCCAGCGACCAGGCGGCGCCGCGGUGGAGGACGAGGUCGACCCCCCGGCCGCAGCCCCGAGCCUGGGGCAAAGCCCGGCCCCAGUCGUACCAGAGCCCUAACGGGGUGCUUUUCACCGACUUUCCCGUGGAGGACAAGUGCAGCUUCACCGUGACCCAGCCUGCCGGCACCGUCAGCACCUGCCCGGGCAGCGGGGCGCUCCGCAGGGACCCGGACCCCUCCUUUCUCGGCUCCACCAUGGGAUCGGUGUCCAACGGGAAGGUGCGGCCUCCAGCCUGUACAGCGGUCCCUUCUGAGCGGUCCUCCCAGGUGCUGCCUCUGGUUUCGAACAGUUCUGGCGGGUUUAUUGCCAACGGGACCAUUACCUCCGGAGGAAGCCAGCGGGGCCGUCCCCUGCGGAUUUCCAGUCAGUCAGCACUCGCGCCGCAGCCAGAGCAUGUAUUUGCAGCCCGCCCGCAGCCCUCGCCGGCUGGAAACCCACCUUCCCCCGGCGGCGGCGGCGACGCGGCGGCGCUGCCCGUGCGAUGCAGCCGGGGCUCCAAAACGCCGGAGGAAGCGUCGCUGGGGCCCGCGGCGGAGCCCCCGGCCGCGGCCUCAGAGCAAGGCCUGACUCCCCCGAGGCCGGCGUCCCCUCGGGAGCUGCCCCUGGAGCAGCCCGUGGUCCUCAGCACCAACAGCCUGGCCGCGCUCAAAGUGGGCACGCAGCAGAUCAUUCCCAAGAGUCUGGCUUCAGAAAUAAAGGUGACGAGCAAAGGCAGCAGCCAGAACGCGGAGACGAGCAAGAGGGUGCUGAAGGUGCGCAGCAUGGUGGAGAGCCUCGGCGUGCCCUUGGUGGCCGGUGCUGAGGAGGAGGCCGAUGGCGACCUGGACAGCCCGGGGGCCCUGAGGCGAGGCCUGAGGUCUACGUCCUACCGCAGGGCGGUGGUGAGCGGGGUGGACUUCGACAGCUCGGCUGAUUUCAAGAAAAAAAACAGAAUGUCCCAGCCCGUACUUAAAGCAGUGGUUGAAGAUAAAGAGAAGUUUUCCAGCCUGGGGAGGAUAAAGAAGAAAGUGCUGAAAGGACAAGGGACAUUUGAUGGGGAAGAAAAUGCUGUAUUAUAUCAGAACUAUAAAGAAAAAGCUCUGGACAUAGAUUCUGAUGAAGAGUCUGAGCCCCGAGACCAGAAAUUGGAUGAAAAGGUUGUUUUUCACUACAAGCCCCUGAGAUCAACAUGGAGUCAGCUGUCCGUUGUGAAGAAGAAUGGAUUAUCAGAAGCAAUCAGCCAGGAAGAAAGGAAAAGACAGGAGGCAAUAUUUGAAGUGAUAUCUUCUGAGCAUUCUUACUUGCUGAGCUUGGAGAUUCUGAUCCGGAUGUUUAAAAAUUCCAGGGAACUGAGCCUUACAAUGACCAAAACGGAGAGCCAUCACCUCUUCUCCAAUAUCACAGAUGUUUAUGAAGCAAGCAAAAAGUUCUUUAAAGAACUUGAAGCCAGACAUCAGAACAACAUCUUUAUUGAUGACAUCAGUGAUAUAGUUGAAAAGCAUGCUUCCUCAACCUUUGACCCCUAUGUCAAGUACUGCACCAAUGAAGUCUACCAGCAGCGAACGCUGCAGAAACUGCUGGCCACAAAUCCAGCAUUUAAAGAGGUGUUAUCCCGGAUCGAGUCCCAUGCAGACUGCCGGAACCUACCCAUGAUCUCUUUCCUCAUCCUGCCCAUGCAGAGAGUCACUCGGCUGCCCUUGCUGAUGGAUACUAUUUGUCAGAAGACUCCUAAGGACUCGCCAAAGUACGAGAACUGCAAGCAAGCUCUGAAAGAAGUGAGCAAGCUGGUGCGUUUAUGCAACGAAGGUGCUCGGAAGAUGGAAAGGACAGAGAUGAUGUACACCAUCAACUCCCAACUGGAAUUUAAAAUCAAGCCUUUUCCACUGGUCUCCUCUUCACGAUGGUUACUGAAAAGAGGUGAAUUAACAGCAUAUGUAGAAGACACCGGACUUUUUUCUAAAAGAACUUCUAAACAGCAGGUCUACUUCUUCCUCUUCAAUGAUGUCCUCAUUAUCACCAAGAAGAAGAGUGAGGAGAGUUACAAUGUCACAGAUUAUUCUCUGAGGGACCAGCUGGUGGUACAACAAUGUGACAGUGAGGACCUGACUUCCUCUCCUGUGAAGAACACCUCAGCUAUGCUGUACUCAAGGCAGAGCUCUGCAGCUCACCUCUUCAGGCUGGCAGUCCUCAGUAACCACGCAGGAGAGCGGGUGGAGAUGCUCCUGGGGACAGAGACUCAGAGUGACAGAGCUCGCUGGAUCACAGCGCUGGGACAGGACAUAGAUGGGCAGAAAACAGACAGGACAACCUUGACUCAGGUAGAGAUCAUCAGAACUUACACAGCAAAGCAGUCGGAUGAAUUGUCUCUUCAAGUUGCUGAUGUUGUUUUGGUUUAUCAGAAAGUAAAUGAUGGCUGGUACGAAGGGGAGCGGCUGCGGGACGGAGAGAGAGGCUGGUUCCCCAUGGAGUGCGCGAAGGAGAUCACGUGUCGUGCCACCAUCGACAAGAACAUGGAGCGGAUGGGACGCUUGCUGGGACUGGAGACCAACGUCUAGACUGGUUCUGGUUCUUUGUACCCUGCUACAGGAUUUGCACUACCUGUUGUCACAGGGCAUGGCUCCAUGCCCUAUGGCUCCUGCAUGGAAGCUGUGGGUCACCAAUGCAAAAAUCUAGUAACAGCACUGAUGUUUCAGGCACUCAUCCCUUUUUGUUUUGCGUUUUAAGAGCUCUGAAUUGAAACCUGGCUCAAGCAGUAGAUUUCAACCAGCAGCAGAUUCUUAGGCACAGAAGAUCAAGCCAUGCAUCUUUUUCAACUUUGGUCUUAAGUAUUCUUUCUCCAUCUGCUUUUGAGCAUCUUGACUGUCUUUCAGCAGCAGAGCUCCGUGUAGCUGUAGGAGACUGAGCCCCAGAACCUCACCCAGGCCAUUGCUCUGGAGGUGAAGAGCAAUAUUGGGGGUUUCCUGCUCCUCAGAAACAGCUGUGUUAGGUUCCCAGUACCAGAGUGUGUUAAUGGGAUACUUCCCAGUUGUGUCAAAUUGUCUUGAAUUACCUGAACUUGACUAACCAAUGCUGUAAUUCAUAAAGGAAGGACUAGCUCUCCAGCACCAAUCCAGGGACAAUCCAGGCUUUGUAAGAAGUAAUGGGGUCUCUCUAAUGGAUGUUAGCAAAGCUGACACCAGCUCUAGGGCAGAAUCCAGAGAAGUGCCUCCAGCAGGGUUUCUGAAAUCAAGAAACACCAAACUCUGCAAAACAUGGAAUGUUGAUUAUCUUGGUCUCAGAGCACCAUAUUUUAAAGGAGUAAAAACUGGUGGAAAUGUGUGCAUUUUUGUUUCUGUUUUCCCCUUGUCUUUAACUAGACUUUAUAUUAGUUACUGCUUCAGAGCAAGGGUUUUGAUGGAGACUGCUGAUUUUUUAUAUUGGUUUUUUUUAGUCUUUCUGCUCUUUGGUAUUAAAGGAGAUAGAUUAUUUCCUUCUAUGGAGACAAAGUUCAACUUCAGCUUACCGACAGCUUUAGCAUCUGUUAGCAUCAGGCUGAAUCCACAGGCAAGAAAGGAGGGAGAAGUAAGAUACGUAAAGUUUUGUUAAGGUGCCAGGCUUUCUUAUCUCCAUUGCAUGUGUGUGUGUAUAUAGAUAUAGAUAUAUAUGAUAAGACCACCACAGAGGAAAGACUUGGAGGUAGAUGACUUGGCACCCUGAUGAACCUGGUAUUUGUAUCUUUGCCUUCCCGUGCUGCAGUGACUUGAUGUCCUUGGGUGCUCCAGACGAGCUAAGGAGGGAGAGCAGAGAUUCAAGAGCCUGGCUCACGCUUUCAGAGGAGCUGGCACUGGUGCUGCCUCACAUGCUCUUCUCUGCUUCAGAGAAGACUUCUCAUAAUUGCACUACACACCCCACCUGCUACAUUGCUGCAGUUCAGCUUUGGAAUUUCACUGAAAAAAAAAAACCCACUUAAUGUGUGAAUAAAAUGCACUAAAAAUGAAUUAAAUUUCAGUGCAUCUUUUCUGUAUAUAGGUGUGACAGUUUUGUAUUAUAAAACCUUCACAUUUAAGGACCAGCUGAUAACUCAGCAGGGUAGAAUACAUGUUCAAUAAAAAAGAGGGAAGAACUUGCAGUACAAAGGCUUUCUGCUUGUUGCCUUCCCUGCCUUUUUUUAAAGGGGCUGAUGCUGGUUUAUAUACUGUAAUAUGUUGAUUGGAUUUGUGAAUGAACAGGAUGUAUCUCUGUAACACUUUAAAAUGUAUUAGGAAGGCAAUGAUUUUGUACAAAAAUACUUAUCUUGACUGCCUGAGUGGUUAAACAGCUUUGUAAAUUAAUUUAUAAGUAGACAAACUGUAAAUUGAACAAAGACUUAUUUAACAUAUUAAAAUACUGCUAAUAUUUUAACAAAUUUUACUGUACACAGGCAGACACUUAAUAUGUAACUGAAUGUAUAAAUCCUGACAUUAAUUUUAUUCAGAUUUUUUAAUACAUUGUAUAUAUUUUUCAUAUCUAGUUUUUCAAAAAUGCUGUAAUGUUUUUUAAAAUACAUUUUUCAUUUUUGCUAUUGUGAGACACAGUUCUUCAGGAAUUAAAGCUUCUAUGAUUUUA